AUGCGCGACGCGCGCCCGACGCGACGCGCCGUUCACGCGAGUUCGCGAGAUCGUCGAGCCGAUGGUUCGUCGUCGGACGACGACGACGACGGCGUCGACGCCUUCAUCCUUCGCGAGACAAAGUCUCGAGGCUGGGACGAAUUCCGAAGCCUUCUCGACGACGUGCGCGCGUACAGACGCCGCGACGUCGACGCCGACGACGCCGACGCCGCGCAUGCGUUCACGAAUGACGACGCGGACGCGCGGUUGCCGAUCGGGAAGAGCUACAUCGAUGGCGUGUACGCGCUCGCGGGCUCGAGCGGGACGGGACGGGACGGACGCGAGUUGACGCCGGCGUGGCCGUUACUCACGUACGCGCUCGCGACGCGCGGCGACGGCGGAGAGAACGAGAGUAGUGGAGGCAAGGGCGCGUCGACGUCGAUGGGGUCGACGGUGAUGGGGACGACGCCGCCGAGGCGGACGAGCUUCGAUACGCGAGAGCACGCGGAGCGACACGCGAGACGCGUGCAAGGGUUACACGCGGGCGGUCUCACCGCGGCGUUGGGGUACUCGCGGAUGGAGCUGGCGACGCUGGGGAACGUCGAGAAGCGAAGGGCGUUCGGAGAGUUGUAUAGGGAUCCGUCAGAGUGCGUGCGGCAUCUAUGCUCGCCGGGACGGGUGUGGGAAGGAACGAUUUCUAUUCCCGGGUCGGGGGACGAAGAGGCGACCGGGUCGCCUUACGCGUUUCAAGUGCUGUGGUUCGAUGCUGCUGCGGGAGCGUUCUUGGUCUCACACACCGCGCAAGGGGACGAGCAGUUGUGCCACUUGACGUUGCACGACGACGGUAAAAGCGGGACGAUGGCGCUUUCGUUUGCGGAUAACGAGACGUAUUGCUCUGGCACGAUUGACGGGGCGACGGGGACGAUUUCCGGAACCGUCGGACAGUUAUUGCGUGCAGAAGAGGGAUUCUUUGAACGAGCGGAUUCGUUGCGGAACACGUUCUUGCUGAAACCGGUUGACAUCGACGACUCGACCAACGAAGUGGACGCAUCGCUUGAACCAGAGCGUCGGGAACAGAUCUCUCGCGUGAUGCGGCGACGCAAACUUAUCGCACAGUGGAGUCGUAGUGCAAACGUUCUAUCUGCGACGUAUCGCGUGAUACAAUUCAUCAAGGAUACGAUGCGGAGCGAACACAUGUGGAAUUACAUGUUGCGAAAGAUCACGUUCGAGACGAAACUCAUGCGUUUGGAGCAGACGAAUGACGCACAAUCGCGCGCAUUCGCAGCGGCAGCGGUGGCGGCGGGAAGACAAACGACUGGUGAGUCUGCAAUUGAUUCAUAUGAGAUGGCGCCUGAAUCUACGGAGCAGCUCUUACAAGAUCAAAUGAAUCGUUUGAUGCGUCGACCAACUCAAAUGCUCUGGACGACAUUUCCGUCGCCCGGAUUGGAAGCGAUCGCACUCGGGCCCGCUGAGAUCGAUUGGUGCGAUAUUUGGACGAUAGAAAGAAUGAACGCCGAGUUGUUGGGAUGCAAAUUUCGAAUGUAUACUCGCUUGUUGCGCGCUCGUGUCUUCCAGACGAGCAAGGAAAAGCAACAGUAUCUCAGUGAGUUUAAAACGUUGCGGUCCGAAUGUCACAAUGAAAUGAAUCGCGUUCUAAGUAACAUGAAUCUUUUACUUUGGCGUCUCUUCUACGGAAGUGAUAUGCCCAGAAACGAUCGACAGGCGCUCGUGAAAAACAUGGUGGGAAUUUUGCGUGUUGAAGAGGCACGCAUGAUCAUCGCGUACGAUAACGUCGACAAAGCGCUUCGCGAAUGCGACGCCCGGCUCCCCAUCAAUGCGAUUAAACAAAGAUGCUCGAUCGCGGGCGACGAGUCGUACACGUGUUCGAUCUGUUUGUUGGAAAUCGAGCGCGGCGAGGAGGUGCUUACGCUCGAUUGCUCGCACAGUUUUCAUCUUCCAUGUUGCUCGACGUGGCUGCACACGCAUGCAACAUGUCCCAACUGCCGCACGGUUUUGUCUUAG